GUCUUAUUUGCUUCAUUGAUAUGAUUAGUGCGUCCUUCCGUGUGUGCAGGCGUGGACGUCUUGUGCAGUCAGCCGUGUACAAUUAACAGCCAAUGGCAUGCCACUUGAUGCAGCACACGAAUCUCGUCUGCCCAAUGAAUGCCACCAUCAACGCACACACACCCUCAGGGAUUGCGCGUUGCGUUCAAUCCCAGCCAGACACGGCUGACGUAUAGGAUUGCGAAGCCCUCGAUGCUCCCGCCGUCAGGGAGGGAGGUCUCGAUGGAAGCGAGCUGCUUAGCUGGCACGUGGUCAGGGAACAGCAGAUCGACACGUUGUAGCCCCUUGACGUGUGGGAUCGCCGAUGAGAGGCGGGCGCGCACCAGACUGCCCACAUCCUCCACAUCGUCCGGCACUGAAGCCAAACACACACACACACACACACACACAAGCCAACAAAGGACAUAAAGACAUAAAGUCCCUCUUCUCUCUCGGCGUACGUGUCAGCUUGAAGUAUAGGCUCUCGAUCGUCGGCAACCGGCCAGCCGCCUGGCCCAGCUGUUGAUCUAGUUGGUCGAAAACUACGCUGCGCAUCAAGACCUCCCGCACCUCCCUCCCCCUUCCGAGCGCCCUCAACACGCCCACCAUCUCCUCACCACCCGACACCUCUCGAAUGUCCACCUCUCUCACCUUCUCGGGCAUCUUGUCGGCCAGCAGCCGGGCUGCAGCACCACCCAGGUUGCUCCGGACAGACAGCGUUGGGGCUCUCUGGAAGACGUUCUGGAAGGGCUUCAGGUGGUCGAUGAUGGUAGGGUGGGGCGAUGGGGUGUUGGCCGGGGGAUGGAAGCCAGCGGCAUUCUUGACCUCCACCGUCUCGGCCUUGUCGAAUGAGAGUGUCUUGGCCGUGUCGAUGGCCGCCUGGCUGGGGCUGUCGAGGUUGUCGGUGAGGUCGUCCUGAGUGAAGAUGUAUCCCACCGAUGUGGCCUGCUGUGCCAGCUGCUGGAUCAUGGUCUUCACUGAGGGCGACGGGCGAGUGGGAAAGUCGACGUGGUGGAAGAGGGAGCGGCCAAAGGUGGGGUCUGUGGCGUAGAAGCUGAGUCGCACAUUUGGCCGGCAGCAUGUGGUGACCAGCCCGUUCAGGGCCAGCAGCAAAGGCAACGUGGGGCGGCCGAUCUCGUAGAAGAAAUCAAAUUGCACGUGCAGAAGUUUAAGCGACCGCCGGCAGCCACGCGCCACGAGGACAGCCUGCAGACAACCAGACACACCCAGAUACAGGAAUGACAUCUUCAACCAACCCACUGGCGCUGCUGUGCAUGCGUGUGUGUUCUUGUCACCUGCAGCCGGUCGAUGCCCUCGCGAUGCUCAUCGGGACGGAUAAAGCCGAUGCGCUCUAGCUUGGCGAGUGGCCCCACCUGCUGCCCAGCAGGUGCCUGAGGGAUGUGGCCGAAUAAGCGCGCCCACUCGUCACCCCUGAACGCCCCGUCGACGUGCUGCAGUGAGCCCGACGAGCUGAUGAAUCGGCCCAAUCUGUCAGGGUCCCAGCCCCUCUGCCGCAAGACGGUGAGCGAGGGCAUCACCCAGCCCCGGUCGGCCAUCCCCUGAUGUCCGCUGGUCAGAUACUCAAUGGUGGUGAGUGCGUCGAGAAGUGGGGGCGGGUCGAGAAGAUCGGGAAGGGGUGGGUCUGUCCUUGCGACGAUCUGCCUCUCCUUGAUGGUCAGCUGAGCCCCUUCUCGGAUGGUGAUUGUCUUCAGGGUCCCGUCUUGAAUGUUGGCUGCCCGUCGGCCGGCGACGUGGCCCUCUAUCAUGGCCACAAACACGUCGAGGCACCAGCGGGGGAAGCAAGUGGGGCAGCGGAGGGUGAUAGAGGUGACCUGCCUGAGGUAUGUGGCCCAUUCCGUGACGAGGUCGGUGGUCGUUGUCUCCGCCUGCCAGAACGACCGCUCAUCUUCGUCGGCUGCACUGAUUGUGAGGUGGUGCUGCUUGCGGGCGGCGAGCUGCCAUGUCAGCGGCGGCAGCUGCAGCUGUAUCAGCAGGUGGAAGGGGAGGAAGGCCAUGACGCUGCUGAGGAGACCGGGCUGCACACAACCACACAGCACACAGAGUGAGUAAGAGAUGUCCACCAGUGCCUUCAUGGCCUCAGUGUGUGAGAGACUCACUCACCGGAAGGAUGCUCCCCCAAUCACCACCACCACCACCACCACCACCACUACCCGCAGCAGCAGCCGGCGCCUCCUCACGGCGGGACUUCUUAGCCUCCACCCAUCCAGCCAGCAAACACACACACACACACACACAGAGCCGACAUCCAUCUGUGGCCAUUCAUUGCAAGCGGUGCUGUGAUGCCCUCACCUGCCUACCGUCGCCCUCCAUAGCUGUAGAUCCAGUAGAUCCUGUCGACUAUACUGCCUUCUGCUCACGCUGUCUCGAAGUCCCUCCCUGAUGC